AGACCCUCCAUUGACAUGCCUCUUGAUGCUUUUCCUUCCCCUAAGGGUUUCAAUGCACCCGAACAAGUUCAUAUAACGCAAGGAGAUUAUGUUGGUCGAAGUGUGAUUAUUUCUUGGGUGACACCAAUAAAAAAGUAUCCAAACACUGUUAGGUAUUGGGAAGAUGGCAAGCAUGGCCAUGGCCACAAGCAUAAGCACAUCGCUCGUGCCAUAACCACAACCUAUAGAUACUACAAUUAUACUUCUGGGUUUAUCCACCACGCCACCGUCAAAAGACUAAAGUAUGAUACCCUAUACUUUUAUGAGCUUGGUCGAGGCAAUGUAACUCGUCACUUUUCCUUCAAAACUCCUCCUGAAGUGGGACCCGACGUUCCGUACACAUUUGGCGUCAUAGGUGAUCUAGGACAGACAUAUGACUCCAAUCAAACGUUUGAACACUAUGUUUCCAACCCAAAGGGGCAAGCCAUGCUGUUUGUUGGCGAUCUUUCUUAUGCAGACAACCAUCCAUUCCAUGACAACAGGAAGUGGGACGCAUGGGGUCGUUUUGUUGAGAAGAGCACAGCUUACCAGCCUUGGAUUUGGACUGCUGGCAAUCACGAACUUGAUUUAGCCCCUGACAUUGAAGAAAACCAGCCUUUUAAGCCAUACUUGCAUAGGUACCAUGUACCUCACAAGGCAUCACAAAGUACUUCCCCACUUUGGUAUGCGAUCAAGCGCGCAUCUGCCCACAUAAUUGUCCUUUCUUCUUACUCAGCAUAUGGCAAGUAUACUCCACAGUACAAUUGGCUCCAACAAGAGCUUCAAAGGGUCAACAGAUACGAGACUCCUUGGCUGAUUGUUCUGCUCCACUCUCCUUGGUAUAACAGCAACAAUUACCACUACAUGGAAGGCGAAAGCAUGAGAGUUAUGUUUGAAUCAUGGUUUGUCCAGAGCAAAGUUGACAUUGUCUUUGCCGGUCAUGUUCAUUCUUACGAGCGUUCGGAGAGAGUAUCAAACGUGAAGUACAACAUAACCAAUGGACUGAGUUUCCCAGUUAAGGACCCUUCUGCACCAAUAUACAUCACUAUUGGCGAUGGUGGUAAUAUUGAAGGCCUUGCAAAUAAUUUUACUGAGCCACAACCUAGUUACUCAGGUUUUAGAGAAGCAAGCUUCGGUCACGCCAUUCUUGACAUAAGAAAUAGAACGCAUGCCUACUAUACUUGGCACCGUAACCAAGAUAGUGAGCCAGUUGCUGCUGAUUCCAUUUGGUUGUACAAUAGGUACUACUUUCCACAAGAGGAGAAAACUGGGGCUUCUACUAUGGUUUAG